CCAAGCACCGAACUGGGACGCGCGCGCCUUCAUCACCAUCCUCCUCCUCAUCUUUCUCAUAUGCCGGGUCUCCUCAGGAUUUUUUUUCAGUACAAAUCAAAUCAGAAAGCGCCUCUCCGAGCUCGACGCUGGUCUCCGUCCGGACACUGUGGACCUUCCUCUCCGCUGCAGGCGCUCUCUCUGACUCCUGUGGUCCGGCGGGGGCUGCGAUGGCCGACGAGACUCGUCCUUCAGCCAAAGACUCUCCCUUCUCCAUCAGGAACCUCCUGACCUGCGACAGCAAAGCCUCCGCUAACCCCACUAACCCAGCCAAGGCGGAUCUGGACACGGCGCUGUCCAUCUCCAGGCUGGGGGACUUCGCCUUCCCCCGCUUCGAGCGGUUUGGAUUAGCUGGUCAGUGCUUGGAGAGGAGUCCGGCCUGGUGGUGGUGCUACCCGUACACGCUGAACUCUCCCGGACACCUACACACAGCGGCGGUCUCAGAGCGGCCGAUCAGACCCCCCUCACCCUCCCCCACGGACCAGAGCUCCCCUGAGCCACGCACCAAAGAAGAGGAGGAAGAGGAAGAGGAAGAGGAGGAAGAAGAGGAGGCAGCACAGGAGGAGGUUCAGGAGGAGGAGAAGAGGCCAAGCCGCAAGAAGAAAACGCGCACGGUGUUCUCUCGCAGCCAGGUGUUCCAGCUGGAGAGCGCGUUUGACGCCAAGCGCUACCUGAGCAGCUCUGAGCGCGCGUGCCUGGCGUCCAGCCUCCACCUGACGGAGACUCAGGUGAAGAUCUGGUUCCAGAACCGCAGGAAUAAGUGGAAGCGGCAGCUCGCGGCGGAGCUGGAGGCGGCGAACGCGCAUCACCACCACCAUCAUCAUCACCAACAGCAGCACAGAAUCGUGCGCGUGCCCGUGCUGUACAGAGAGAGCGCCGAGAGCGCGCGAGGGGGGGCGACCGGAGGGGGUGUAGGAGGGGGGGUCGGGCAGCCCUUACUGUUCCCUUACUACCCCCAUCCCAUAAUGCCCAGCGUGCCACUGCUCAGGCCCGUUUAGCCCCAACUUUAUUGUCAUUAUUAUUAUUUUUAUGAUUAUGAUUAUUAUUAUCAUUAUUGUUAUUAUUAUUAUUAUUAUUAUUAUCGGUGCAUUUUAUGGUAAUCCAAAUUUUGACAGAAUAAUGGAAACUAGAAUUUCUUCAGUGGUGAUUUUAGAUUUAUUGUUUUACUUUUAUUUUUUAAUUUUUUUUAAUUGCUCCAUCAGUGUGUGUGUGUUU